CCUCCUGCUGUUUCUUCUAUUACCUUCUGCCUCUGACUGUCUGGGCACGUGGGGCGCCCAACCGCAGCCACUGCAGGAAACCUGCCCCUGCAGGCUCCUUCCGACAUCCCUUGCCUCCGACCCGGAAGCAGAUUUAAGAACAACAAGGCAACGGGAAGUGCCGCUCUAGCCUCGUCUCUGUCCCUUCCUGAAAAGCCUCCAUUGGCUCACAGGGUGAAUGGAGGCAGGGCUCCAUGGAACCUCUUUCCUCUGCUCCCCAUUGGCUAACACUCGUCCGGGGCAGUGGGCGGAGCCGCUCCGCUUUGCCGUGAGCGCAGCGGAGGAAUGGAGCGACUCGGGCCGCUGCUGCUGCUGCUGCUCUUCUUGGCGACGAGCGGGGCGGAACAGCCGCGGGACUCCCUGCGAGAAGAGCUGCUGCUCAGCCCGCUCCCAUCGGGGGACGUAGCCGCCACCUUCCAGUUCCGGACGCGCUGGGAUUCCGACUUGCAGCGGGAGGGCGUCUCUCAUUACCGGCUAUUCCCCAAAGCCCUUGGCCAGCUCAUUUCCAAGUACUCGGUGCGCGAAUUGCAUCUCUCCCUCACUCAGGGCUUCUGGCGGACACGGAGCUGGGGACAGCCUUACUUGCAAGCUCCAGCUGGGGCUGAGCUCUGGGUUUGGUUUCAGGAGUCUGUCUCUGAUGUUGACAAAGCUUGGAAAGAUCUCAGCAACCUCCUCUCAGGAAUAUUCUGUGCAUCACUGAACUUCAUUGAUUCCACCAACACUGUCGUCCCAACAGCAUCCUUCAAACCUCUGGGAUUGGCAAAUGUUACAGACCACCAUUUCCUACGAUAUGCCGUCUUGCCCCGUGAAGUUGUCUGCACUGAGAACCUCACUCCCUGGAAGAAGCUGCUGCCAUGCAGCUCAAAGGCUGGCCUGGCUGUUCUGCUGAAGGCUGAGCGCUUGUUCCACAGCAGUUACCACUCCCAAGCUGUGCACAUCCGCCCCAUUUGCAGGGAUGCCUCAUGCUUGAGCAUGUCCUGGGAGCUCAGACAGACUCUCACGGUUGUCUUUGAUUCCUUUGCCAGUGGUCAUGGAAAGAAAGACUGGUCCCUCUUCAAGAUCUUCUCCCGCACUCUUACUGAAGCGUGCCCGCUGGCAUCUCAAAGCAAAGUCUACGUUGACAUUUCCAGUAAAGGCCAGGAGAAAGAGUUACUUGAAGUUUCCCCAGCUCCCUUGUCUGUACAUGAAGCAUCUGUCCAAGGAGACAGGAGAACGUACGCAGUCUAUGAUCUCCUGAACCCAGGACUUUUCAAUGGCUCCCGCAGCCUCAAUGUGCAACUAAAAUGGAAGCGCCCUCAGGAUGGCUUGGAUCUGGCAGUUCCUGUGCUCCAUGCCCAGCGCUAUGUGAGUGGCUAUGGCCUUGAGACAGGAGAAAUCAGCACCCUGAUCUAUAACACACACCCAUACCGAGCUUUCCCUGUGCUUCUGCUGGAGACUGUGCCCUGGUAUCUGCGACUCUACAUCCACACGCUGACCAUUAUCACCAAGGGCAAGGAAAACAAACCAAGUUAUAUCCACUAUCAGCCAGCUCAGGACCGACAGCGGCCCCAUCUCCUGGAAAUGCUUAUUCAGCUGCCGGCAAACUCUGUCACAAAGAUCACCAUCCAGUUUGAGAGAGCCUUGCUGAAGUGGACAGAAUACACUCCUGACCCCAACCACGGGUUUUAUGUGAGCCCAUCUGUUCUGAGUGCCCUAGUGCCCAGUGUCAUUGCGAUGAAAGAGGAAGAUGAAGAUCAAAGUCCACUCUUUGCUUCACUGUUUCCUUCCUUGGACGGCUCCAGCUACUUUGUGCGCCUCUAUACAGAACCGCUGCUGGUGAACCUGCCAACGCCAGACUUCAGCAUGCCGUAUAAUGUCAUUUGCUUGACCUGCACAGUCGUAGCUGUUUGCUAUGGCUCCUUCUAUAACCUGCUGACCAGAACCUUCCAUGUAGAAGAACCUAACAGAGGAGGCUUAGCCAAGCGACUGGCGAACGUAAUCCGUAAAAUGAGAGGCGUCCCACUUCUUUGAGGGCAGGCAAUGUAGCCGCUUCUUCAAGGAUCUCUACAGCCAAGACUUGCUGGGACAAAGCUGCAAGAGGAUAGGUGGGCUUAAGGCAGCUGUAACACCUUUUUUGCCCUCUAGUUCUUUCACAGCCAGUAAAUCUGCUGUUUGUGCCUGCCUGCCACCAGCAAGGGAAGCUAAUCACUGGGACUGGGAUUGCAAGAGCAAAAUGCCCAGGGAUGAAGCUUGCUAAUUUAAGGGGAACUUGCAUUUGCUGGAAAAGCACUGGAAAUAAACAUGACCUGUUUCUGAACUAUGACGCCUUGGCCUUGCUCAAACACUAGAGCCUGCACCACUUAACUCGUUUUUCAUUUUCUUCCACAGCAACUGAUUGCUGUGCUAAUUUAAUUAUCCUUUUUUGAGCUGCCGUGUAAUGGAUGUAGUUGGAACACUGAACCUUUUUUCAGGUCAGAAAACAAAAAAAAGCUCUCAGAAAAAAUGCUUGGGGAAAUGGCAAAACUGAAGGCAACUAGAGAGAGUGCAACAGAGAGAAUAAAUAGCAUUUUAGGCCUCAGACUGACCUGCAUUGCUAUCUAAUUUUAGCAUGCUGUCUCUUGCUGUUUUGGAGAAGAGAAUAAGUGAGGAUUUGAGGAGGCAGCUAUGAUUGGGGAAAGAAAAAUGUUAGGGGGGUUCAUUUGGGACUGUGGGAUUUGGGGUGGUCAGGCUGGGCACAGGGGACACUAUGAAAUAAAAGAGAAGCCAUGCUGUGUGAGUCGAUGCCAAUUUGAUUUGUGUUUGUAUCUGCUGGUGAUGGGAAUAACCACUGUUUGCUGCAUAAGAGAGGAAGAAGACAAAAAAACACCUGUCAGAGAUGACAGGAAUUCAAUAAAAAAAUGUCGUGUGGUGAUUAUGUCUUCCGUAACACAGGUUUUAAUCAGCUUUGUACUUAACAUGUCCCCUGGUAGCUAUACGUGGCCAGGUAUUCCAUGCAGAUGAAUGCAUAAAAUUCCAUUCAGGUAAGUUAAUAGGCCGGCACUGGUGGAGGGAAAACAGAGAGCUUCACACCUCCAAUUUGCUUUCUGUCCUUGCUGGCUGUGGAGGAUAGUGUCAGAUGAUGAAGGGGUAACACGGCUUAGUGAAUUGGGGGAGUGUGUGUCAGAGAGAAGUCAAUAAUCGGGGGCAGAAGAUAAAGCAGGUGAGUGGGAAGAGGGAGGCCAAGAGACACAGAUUAGUCAGGCUGGUGAAGAGUCGCAGGCAUCUCCCCCUCCUGCGACACGCUGCCCACCUCGUCUCCCAUAACCAGGAGAGGGCUAAAACGGUUUUAGCAGCAAUAGGCUACACAGGGCCGUCUUGAGUAUAUUUGGCGCCGUGGUGCGGCGGAUCGCUCCGGCGCCCUGCCGCCGUGGUGCGGUGGGUCACUCCAGCGCCCCGUUUCCCAGCACGGCGGGCGGCCGGAGCUGCGCAGCCAGGCGGGCACAGCGCGGCUGCCGGGGGUGCAGCUCCGCGGCAGGUGGGCAGGCGCAGCUGUGCAGCGCCACCCAGCCUGGCCGUAGGGCCGGCCCUGAGGCUACAUGUAGGCACAGUCUGAUUGUUGGGGGGAAAACCCUGGAGAGGAGGGGGGGCUUAAACAGCUGUGGGGAGGUAGGAACUUUCAGUUGUAUAGUUGUAAUUGCACAAUCCAGGGAUGGUGAAUUGAAUCUGGUCAGCAGACCAGAUUGUUCAUCUCUUCCUACCCCUUGCUUGCCAAGUUUGACAGAUGGGUGUUGUCACAAUGGCAAGUGACCCCCCCCCCCAGGUUCUUGUGAAGCCCCUUUAAAAACUCUGCAAGACCUGACAAUCGGCAGAUAGCUGGGUCUUGCAUAUUACUUUUCCAAGUUGCACCGAUCAGCUGAUUGGCACUGCCCCCAGGCCCCCUUUCGGCUAAGCCCAGUCCUUAAUUGUCUUAAACCUGACACCAGCUGUAGGAUAGAUGGCAUUGGCUCAGUUUGCCUGGCCUCCUGGGCCAAAUGUAGGGAGGCCCUAAUAUACAUCACAAUCUGUUUUCUCCAACUUGGAUAAAUUGGGGGAGUGGUUUGUGUGCAGUUGGUUAGUUACAUGCAUGAAUGUACAUAUCAAGAGUCAGGCCAUCAGUUUGCCAAAUGGGAGAGUGCCUUCCUCCCUAAUGCUCAGACAUGGUAGUGAAACACAGUUGUACCGUGGUUCUCGAACUUAAUCCAUUCUAGGAGUCCGUUUGACUCACAAAACGGUUUGAAAACCAAGGCAUGGCUUCAGAUUGGGUGCAGGAGCUUCCUGCACUCAAUCAGAAGCAGCAUCGGACAUUUGGCUUCCGAAACACGUUCGCAAACUGGAACACUCACGUCUGGGUUUGCGGUGUUCGGGAGCUGAAACGUCCGAGUACUAAGGCAUUUGAGAACCAAGGUACGACUGUAUCUCUGAUUUAAUGCCUUUUUCUGAUCUUUUUCUAGUUGAGUGCAGUGUCUCCUACUAACCAGCAGGUGUUCCUAAAUCACUCUCAUAAGUAGCAUUUAUACAAAGUCUGACUUGCUGCAUCUUUCUUGGCAUCCACUGGCAACAGUGGAUUUCAGAGAAGGAUUUUUACCAACCUUACCUGUAGCUGCCUAGGGUUCAACCUGUGUUCUGCAUGCAAACCAUCUGAUCUAGCACUGACCUAGAGCCCUUCCCCAUCCCCAUUGUAUUCCACCAUAAAUAUAUAUUUAUCUUGGGGACUCUUAACAUUUUUAGCACAUGCAUUUUACAGUCCAGCUAGUAUUCAUGUACAAGGCUGGGUCGUACAAUGAAGUGUAUGCAUACCACAUUGAAUUCAAUGGAACCUAGUUGCAGCGAAGCAUGUGUGGGUUUGCAGCAUUAGGCUGUGCAGAAAUGUUGCAAGACUUGAAUGUCCAUGUCUCUUGCCAUGGUGAAGAUCCAGCAGUCUGGAAAAGGCAAAUCUGAUUGGGUGCUCCUAGUUGGUACAGUAGGGCACAAACUCAAAUUGUGAGAAGCCGACAAUGACAGAAAGGUACCCUGCUGUGUGUUUUAUUAUACUGACUGACCUGGAGUGAAUAUUGCACCAUUUUCAUCGCCACCUGCUUUCAUUGCUGUCGCCCUAUUGCAGAUCAAGCAGGUGCUGCCUGCGGGUCUCUACUGUGCUGCUCUGGAGCUGCUGAGUAGUCUAAAAAAACCCUAUCACCUGAAGGCUUCUCACAUUGCAUAAACUUGCCCCCACAGCAGGUGUGUUACCUUAGCUGCUGACAUUAGCAUUCUUGUCUGAUAGCAGAGGCAGCAAAAAUAUUUAGCUCAACUAUAUGAUUAGCAAUGAUGGUGGCUUUUCUCACAUGCUUUUUGCAACCUGACUUGCAAGCAUACAAUAAAAAUAGGUUUUUUAAACAUUGGGGGGGGGGAGACAUCCGAGGCAGAAAGACCUUAAAAAUAAAAAUUCAGCCAGUUUGAAAAGUUUACUGAAACCCAAAUGCCUUCCAAUUGCUUCUGAAAACUAUAUACUGUAGUAUAUACAGUACAGCGGGUGCCCAUUGCAUCUCAAAAGGGGAUGCUGUCCCACAAAACCGGGAACAGCAUUUCAGACUGCAGGUACCGCGUUUCCCAUCGCUUCGCUUCGCUUCCCGCUUCAAAAAGCUUUAGCAACCAGAACAGGAGCGCGCCAGGCAGAGAGAGGGCUUGGUUAGAACCGUGUCGAUUCACUUUUUCUUUUCUUUUUUUGCAAGGUGGGGUUUUUUUUUUUGCACAGAC